GACGUCACGAGUAGGCGCCGUCGCCUCUGCACAGUCCCGAGGCGGCCCGGGAAUCCAGUUUUUCCCCUGAACGGCCAUGAGCAAGAGGAAUCAGGUGUCGUACGUGCGGCCAGCCGAGCCGGCAUUCCUGGCCCGCUUCAAGGAACGCGUCGGUUACAGGGAAGGGCCCACCGUAGAGACCAAGAGAAUCCAGACGCAGCUCCCAGAUGAAGAUGGCGAUCACAGUGACAAAGAAGAUGAACAGCCCCAAGUGGUGGUUUUAAAAAAGGGAGACCUGUCAGCUGAAGAAGUCAUGAAAAUUAAAGCCGAAAUCAAGGCUGCCAAAGCAGAUGAAGAACCAGCUUCAGCUGAUGGAAGAAUUAUGUAUCGAAAACCAGUCAAGCGUUCCUCAGGUGAAAAAUAUUCAGGUUUAACAGCAAGCUCAAAAAAGAAGAAAGCAAAAGAAGAUGAAAUAAAUAAGCAGGACUCAGUUAAAAAGAACUCACAAAAACAAAUCAAAAACAGUAGCCUCCUUUCAUUUGACAAUGAAGAUGAAAAUGAUUAAGUGUAAAUAAACACUUUGGACUUAGUUUUCCCUAAGAAUAUAUGGGGUAUUCUUUAAAAUAACAUUUUUCCCCUAUUCUAAAGAUAAUACAAGUUUACUGGAGAAAAUUUAGACAAUACAGAAAACAUUCAGUAAGAUAAAAACUAUGUAUGUCCAUCAAUACCCUUUUGACCUGAACUGCUAACUUUGUAGACGUUAACUACCACUAACAUUUUAUUUCCCAUGUAUGGGAUGUGUAUGUAAAUUGUAUUUUUGUAAACAAAACUGUGAUUGU